CUCGACAGAGCGCGCGCCGCCGCUGCCGUGCCGCUGCCGCAGCGCAAGAGUCCCAGCUCGCAAGCUCAGCCAUGGGAAAGAUGAAGAACAUGGACAAGCCGUGGGAGGACGACAGCGUCGACCACUGGAAGCCCGAGGCGUUUGCGCAGGGCGACAUGGCCGGCCCGCUCUUGGAGGAGUCGUCGUUUGCGGUGCUCUUUCCGGCGUACCGUGAAAAGUACCUGCGCGAGGUGUGGCCGCAGGUCACCUCGGCGCUCAAGGAGCAGGGCGUCGCGUGCCAGCUCGACCUCAUCGAGGGCUCGAUGACCGUCUCCACCACGCGCAAGACUUGGGACCCGUACAUCAUCCUCAAGGCGAGGGAUCUCAUCAAGCUGCUCGCGCGGUCGGUGCACCUGCAGCAGGCGCUCAAGGCGCUGCAGGACGACGUCUUUAGCGACGUCAUCAAGGUGGGCGGCCUCUGCUCAAACAAGGAGCGAUUCGUCAAGCGGCGCGACCGGCUGCUCGGCCCCAACGGCUCCACACUCAAGGCGAUCGAGAUCCUGACGGGCUUCUACGUGAUGGUGCAGGGAAACACCGUCGCGGUGAUGGGCCCCCACUCGCGUCCUCAACAGGUGCGCAAGCUGGUUGAGGACUGCUUCCGCAACUACCACCCCGUGUACCAUAUCAAGGCGAUGAUGAUCAAGCGCGAGCUGGAGCGCGACCCGACGCUGCAGCAGGAGUCGUGGGACCGCUUCCUGCCAAAGUUCAAGAAGCAGAACGUGCAGCGCAAGAAGGCGAAGGGCAAGGCGCGCAAGGAGAGGGAGUACACGCCCUUCCCGCCCGCGCCGACGCCGCGCAAGGUCGACCUCCAGCUCGAGUCUGGCGAGUACUUUCUGUCCGACGAGCAGAAGCGCGCGCGCAAGCAGGAGGCGCGCGACCAAAAGCAGGCCGAGGCGUCGGCGGCGUCAGCGGCCAAGCGGCAAGCGCGCUUCGUGGCGCCAAAGGAGGCGGCGGCGCGCCCCGCGGCGGCCAAGCGCAAGCCGGCGGAGGAGCGCAGCGCCGCGGACCUCGCCGCGACGCUGAGAGGGAAGGACGCGGCGGGCAAGAAGCGGCGGGUGCGAGGCGGGCAGGGCGUGUGAGACUCGUACUGUGUGUGUGGAGUUUUGGACUGAUGACGACCUCGCUGACGGCGCCGUGCGUGUGCGUAAAUAAACCCGGAGCAAUUUGUC